AUGCGGGUCCUCCUCGCUUCAGCACUGGCCCUUUGCGGAACGGCAUUCGCGGCCUCCUCAGCUUCUGUCGACGCAUAUGUCGCAACAGAGUCACCCAUUGCGAAGGCGGGAUUGUUAGCCAAUAUUGGGCCGAAUGGCGCGAAAUCGGCGGGUGCGAAGGCUGGUGUCGUCAUCGCUAGUCCUAGCACGGUGAACCCCAACUACUUGUAUACCUGGGUCCGCGACUCCUCGCUCGUCUUCAAGGUCAUCAUCGACCAGUUCACAAGCGGACAAGAUAAAAGUCUUUUGGGCCAAAUUCAAAACUUCGUGGCGGCAGAGAAGACACUUCAACAGGUGUCGAAUCCAAGUGGGACGGUAACCACAGGUGGAUUGGGCGAGCCUAAGUUCAACAUCGACCUGACCGCUUUCACGGAUUCUUGGGGAAGACCCCAACGAGAUGGGCCAGCACUCCGUUCAACGGCGUUGAUAGCCUAUGCGAACUGGCUCCGCGCAAAUACAAGCACGGCGAACGUAGUUCAAACUCUUUGGCCAACUAUCAAACUCGAUCUUGACUAUGUUGUGGCGAGUUGGAACUCGACUGGGUUUGAUCUUUGGGAGGAAGUAUCGUCAUCUUCCUUUUUCACAACCGCCGUCCAGCAUCGGUCUCUUCGUGAAGGUGCCGCUCUGGCGAGCGCACUGGGUCAGGAUGGGUCAGCAUAUACCACGCAAGCGAACAACGCACUUUGCUUCCUGCAGUCAUACUGGAAUCCCACCGGCGGCUACAUUACCGCCAACACUGGUGGUAGCCGGUCCGGAAAGGAUGCCAACACGGCUCUGGCAUCGAUCCAUACCUUUGAUCCCGCCGCCGGAUGUGAUGCGGCAACUUUCCAGCCCUGUUCCGACAAAGCCCUGUCCAGCCUCAAGGUUUACGUUGAUUCAUUCCGUUCAAUUUAUGCUAUCAACCAAGGCAUUGCGUCGAAUGCGGCCGUUGCGACAGGAAGGUAUCCAGAAGAUGUCUACUUUGGAGGCAACCCAUGGUACUUGACAACAGCUGUCGUUGCUGAGCAGCUCUACGACGCCCUCAUUGUUUGGAAAUCCCAGGCGUCGCUCCAAGUCACAUCAAUCUCCCUGCCUUUCUUCCGCCAAUUCCUAUCUUCAGUCGCUGUCGGCACUUACGCCUCCGCAACCUCAACAUUUACGACACUCACAGCAGCCAUUAAGACAUUCGCUGACGACACCCUGGCCAUUCAUGCCAAAUAUACGCCAGCAAACGGCGCGCUGGCUGAACAGUUUAACAGAGCCACUGGUGCACCGUUAUCUGCCGCUGAUCUCACGUGGUCGUAUGCAGCCGCUCUGACAGCGUUUUCGGCACGCGCUGGUGUCUCGCCCGCCAGCUGGGGUGCCAAUGGACUAGUCUGCAAGCCACCGCCAACCGUUAGCGUGACCUUCAAUGUCGUUGCGACUACCGUAUUUGGGGAGAACAUCUACAUUACUGGCUCAAUCGGUGCCCUGCAGAACUGGAGCCCGGACAAUGCCCUCAUUCUGUCUCCCGCCAACUACCCUACAUGGAGUAUUACUCUGACUUUGCCUGCGUCGACUCGUUUCGAGUACAAGUACAUCCGCAAGAUGAACGGUGUGCUCACAUCCUGGGAGUCGGAUCCAAACAACUCGGCUUCUUCGCCCGCAAAUGGGACACUGGUGCUUAACGAUACGUGGAGAUGA